AUGCAGCGGGCCGCCGCGCUACAGCGAGCCGCCAGGCAGCUCGCUGGUCGCCUGCAGGGCGCAGCCGCCCUGUCCACCACUUCGGCAGUGCAGAAGGCCAAGCCCAAGCCGCUGGGAGAUCCAGACGAGUACAUUUUCCGGGAGCACUGCAAGGGUACGAGGGUGCUCAGCAAGGAAGCGCAGGAGACAACAGAGAGCCUGCGGCGAGCGGACUUUGGCAGCCUCAAGCCACGCCAGCGCGCCACGAUGCCCAGCACCCCCGGGCCAGCCGGCGGCGGCGGCAGCGGCGCGACGGUGGGCACCAGCCAGCCCCGCACCCAGGCAACCUCCUCCACCAGCGGCCAAGGCUUUGCCAGUGCGAGUGAGCGCAGCACAGACGACGCGGCUCAGGAGCUCACCGAGAAAGGCUCCAAGCGGCUCAUGCAGAGCGACGAGGGGCGGGAGGAGCUGCGGCAGGGGUCCUUUGAUCUGGACAAGACGACAGAGCGUGUGCUGGAGGAGGGCAAGAAGGAUGCCAGCCCGGAGGCCAGGGAGCGGGCCGAGGAUGAGGAUGUGCAGGAAGCUGUGAAGAGCCGCGUCGUUAGCGGCUCCCAGACCACCUGA